UUAGGCGUGUGGUCGGCGCGUGUGCGGCUUCAUGGUGGCGCGCACAGGGAUGCACACACGCGGCUGGCCCGCCUGCACAGAAACACACUCAUGCAGAUGUGCAGCUGAGCUGUCUGUUUCUGAAUGUGUUUGCACUGACCACUUGGGUGUUGAUGGCUUCCAUGAUGUCGCUGCGCAGCGAAUAGCGGUCACCUGCACACGAGCCACAGAGGCGCACACAUGAAUGGGUGCGUACGUCAUUGUGUGUCUGUGUGUCCAUACGGCCGUCAGCCUUGGCGAACCACACCUCCACACGCACCGAACCUACCUUCUUCACCUGCACACACACACAGACACACACAUACCCACACACACCACGGCCAGCAUGUCACACACAACACACGCCUCCACCCAUCUCUGCACGUCCCUCACCAUGCGCACCCUCGUGAUGAUCGAGUAUGGCUCCACCGACGCCCCGAUGCAGCCCAGCACGGCAUGCGUCCACACGCGGUAGGCCUCACCCAUCGCCAUCCCCUCGGGCACGCCGGCGUUGGCCAGGUCCAUCUUCAGCACCACACGCCCGCCCCCCACGUUGUCCUUAUCCUCCUCCAU